UUUUUAAUGAAAAGUUAGCUAGAUGAUUAGAAUAUUUUAGUAAAAUUCAAAGAUCGUAAUUGUUUAUGAACAAAAAAUUUAUGCAUGCAUAUAAACCUGUCCGAGAUGUCCUCGAGGACGAGGUUCCCAUAAACCUUUCUUUUUUAAGGUAAAGAUGGGAAAAGUGAGAAACUUCCCUCAAAAUUUUGUGGAGACAAAGUUGGUUAGGUCCCAUAAACGCUUCACCACUGAGCUGCAUCCCUGUUUCACAGAUCACGGCCAUUCAAUUUUAAACUAACGGGUCAAUCUUUUGUUGUUUUCAAUGUUACAACUUGGCCCUCAAAUAUUAUAAUACUUACUGAAGAUGCCCUCUCUUUAGUGACAUUAGCUCGACAGGACAGGCCGUGAAGGCCCGGCAUCGGAAGAGCUCGGAAGAUGCCCACAGCGUACUCGACCGCUGGCCCCGCGGUAGCAACAAAGAGGAGGUCAAGGUCUCCGUAAAAUAACCCACCCCUACCUAAUGAAAGCGGCACCACUCGACCGCUGGCCCCGUGGUCGCAACGUAGGAAGACUCGGGCCACGAGAGGAGGUCAAGGUCUCCGUAAAAUAACCCACCCCACGUUAUAUAAACGACAAACAAAAGGGACUGUGUUUCUUACGGUGACAAGUGGCACCACUCACAGCUGGGGUCAAGGUCUCCCCCGUGCCCACCUUUCAGGAAACCCCCCUCGAGAGGCCGUGUUUCUUACGGCGAGAUCGCAAAACGUGCGGUACACGUUGGUGGUGUGGCCCCCACGAAACUUCCCGCUCUCCUUCGUUGCGGGCCCCAGCUGGACAUCUAUGCAUCUCUUCAGUCCGUCGGGCGAAGGUAGAGUAGAUCAGCUGCUAGAGUAAUGGCAACCCGCUUUAAUGUAAAUUAUUUGCAAAUAGAUAUAUUUAUGUGGCAAUAAUUGUGCGUUGUAGUUGUUGGACCCAGAUCAUUUAGGUUUAAAAAAUAAAUUGUCUAAUGAUUAGCGUUAAAUAAUUGGUAUUAACAAAUUGGGAAAUGAGAUAGGAGAUGUCCAAACUUAGCAGUCAAAAUGGAAAGUGAAUAUUUUGAAGCUGCGUAAAAUAACAAAUGCCUAGUUGAAAAAUAAAAAGAUAUUAAAAAUAUACCCUUGGAGUCAACUCAAUUAUUUAGAAUCAAGUUCUCUGUAUUAUUAUUAAUACUACCCGGUAGCCAUACUUAGAGCAACAAUUAGGCAUACACAACACAUGGAUACCAGAUUGCUCGAUGCAGCGGUGUCCGGCAAUGUUGCCGUCCUUAAUCAGUUGGUUAGAGAAAGUCCCAAAAUCCUUCUUGGCAAAACUCCACUAAAUAACACAGCCCUUCACUUUGCGGUGAUAUAUGAGCACGAGCAAUUUGCAAAAGAGCUCUGUCUGAGCAGCCCACCCCUCCUUUUGGCCACAAACUCAAAUGGAGAGACUCCAUUGCACAUCGCUGCUAUGGCUGGUCAUCACUCUAUGGCCACUUUUUUUAUUCAGGUUGCAACGCAGGUGCUUCGUAGUGGCGGCGAUAUAGAGGGAGGCGACCCUCUAAAACAGAUGAUGAUGACAACGGAUAAGAAGGGAAACACUGCUCUGCACCAUGCCUUGCGGCAUGGCCACAGCAGCUUAGCGCUGGAGCUGCUGCAGGCGGAGCCCAAGCAGUCAGAAUUGAUUGACAGCAACCAUGAGUCGCCAAUGUACAUUGCAGCCUAUAGAGGUUUAGCUGAUGCUGUCACAGCAUUGGUGCAAAUUCCUUCAUCUAAUCAUGGAGGCUACUAUGGCCACACUGCUCUGCAUGCUGCUACUAUUUCCGAGCAUUCAGGCAUAGUGGAAACAUUGUUGAGAGAGAGGCCAGAGCUCGCCAAAGCUCAGAACGACCAUGGGACUAUCGCACUCGUUCACGCAGCAGUGGGCAAUAAACUGGAGAUGUUGCGGUUGCAUCUAAGGUUUGAUCCCUCUCUUGCAUACAUUAUGAAUCAACAGUUCUCGGCCUUUCAUUAUGCUGCUCGGCUAGGCUAUGUACGCAUAGCCGAAGAGCUCAUUCGCCACUGCCCAGACUCUGGUUUUUUAGUUGAUAGACAGGGCCGGAAUGCACUUCAUCUGGCGAUAAUUGAAGGGCAGGUGGAUUUUGUUAAGUACAUCCUAAAGACACCUGCGCUUCAUGGAUUGCUCAACCAGCCAGAUGACGACGGGAGCGCUCCCUUGCAUUUGGCUGCGGAGACUUGCAAUCCGGAAAUACUUCGAGCUUUGUUGGCUUAUGAAAGGGUGGACCGUGCGGCCUUGAAGGGGAGAUUUAGUGCUCUCGACAUCUUCUUUGAUCGAGUGGAACCUGCAAAAACUUUGAAAUGGAAUGAGGCGUAUACGCUGUUGCUUCAUGCCACCGUCCCCGGCCUGGCUGUAGGUGACAUAUGGCAUACGGCCGAAAAAAGAAUAGCCCGGGAAGCAAUCUGUCAGAUCCAAUCUCUAACUCAAAGAUACACCCAGAACACCUCGUUGACGGCCAUCCUCAUUGCCACGGUCACCUUCGCCGCGGCCUUCACGAUGCCUGGAGGGUUUAGCAGCGACGAGGGCCCUGACGAAGGCUUGCCAAUUCUAGCAAAGAAAGCAGCCUUUAAGGCGUUCUUGAUAUCGGACACCAUUGCUAUGGUCGCCUCACUCGCCGUUUCUUUUCUUUGUAUAUUUGCAGGAUGGGAAGACAUCGACUUCUUGCUCCACUACAGAGCAUCCACAAGGAAGCUGUUGUGGUGUGCAAUUGCGGCCAUGUCUGUGGCAUUUGCAUCCGCGAUGUUCGCAGUGCUUGCACCAGGAAACUUGUGGCUUGCUAUCCUUAUUUCUUUGCCGUGUUGUGCCCUUCCCUUCCUCACCUAUAUCUUGGCUAUGUGGCCGCUCUGCAAGCUCCGUCUUCGUUAUGGUGGGACGUUUCGCCCGGAUCUCCUCGAACAGGUCUAGCUAUCGAGAAUAGCUUGUACUGAAUUCGAUAUUUAUCAAGUUAGACUUGAAACUAAAUUUAGUUUUAAGUUAUCGUAACGAUUUUUUUUUUCUUCUAUUUAUCUUGUCCUGCAAAUUAUUCAAAAGAAUCAAUAGACUAACAAGCCGCUCGCCAUCUUUUCAUUC